CUCGGAAUUCUAUUUUACUGGACCCCGCCGAGGCGACAAUAUAGCCCACUAACUCUACCGCUAGCGUUCUUAAUUUAGUGAAGUAAUUGCAUCGCUCUUACAACCCGUCUAUUCCUACAAACCUUUUCAAUAUUGCGACAUCUAAUUGCUCCAACGUCUAAGCAUAUACUUUAGUUGGGCAAUUAGAAGCCUCUCCCGAUAAUCUUAAUAUCCUACAACCCCGAGAAUCGUACUCGCCGCCGAAUUAUAAAACGCCCCACUACCUGACAGAAUGCCUCCAAAGAAAAAGGAAGACCCCAAAGGCAAGAAGCCUUCUGCCUCCAAGGCUGCCGAAGACAAGACCUUUGGUAUGAAAAAUAAGAAGGGUUCAGUUGCCCAAAAACAUAUCAAACAGAUUCAAGCGUCAGCCAAGGCCGGAGGUAGUGCGGAAGAGAAAAAGAAGCAAGCCGAAAAAGAAGCACGCGCCCGAGAGAAGAAGGCCGCCGAGGACGCCAAGCGAGAAACCGAAGCUCUCCUAAAUAAGCCAGCCCAAAUUCAAAAGGUCCCCUUUGGUGUCGAUCCCAAGACUGUUGUCUGUAUCUUCUUCAAGAAAGGCAAUUGCGAAAAGGGGAAGAAAUGUAAAUUCGCACACGACCUAUCAGUUGAACGAAAGACCGAGAAGAAGAAUUUGUACACCGAUGGCCGAGCAGAGGAGGAAGAGAAGAAGAAGCAGGAGACGUCCGAUGAUUGGGAUGAAGAGAAGUUACGAAAGGUAGUACUCUCCAAAAAGGGUAACCAAGUCACCACUACCGACAAGGUCUGCAAGUUCUUCAUUGAAGCAAUCGAAGAUGGAAAAUACGGUUGGUUCUGGAAAUGUCCAAACGGAGGUGACGACUGCAAGUAUAGACAUGCGCUUCCACCAGGCUUCGUACUUAAGACAAAAGAACAGCGCGCGGCUGAGAAAGCCCUUAUGGACAAAUCUCCUCUCAAGACUCUUACUCUCGAAGAUUUCUUAGAAUCAGAAAGGCACAAACUUACUGGAACGCUUACUCCCGUCACCCCAGAGACUUUCGCAAAGUGGAAGAAGGAGCGAUUAGACAAGAAGGCCGCCGAAGAACAAGCCCGGAAAGCCAAGGAAUCGACCGGUCGUGCUCUGUUCGAAAGUGGCAACUGGAGAUAUGGCGAAGACGAGUCCGAAGAAGACGACGACGACGACGACGAAGAUGAUGCCUGGAAUUUGGAGAGGCUAAGGCAAGAAACACAAGCUAUUCGGGAUAAGAAAGAAGCCGAUCGCUUAGCCGCAGCGGCGGGUUACUCUGCGGGUCCAUACCAGCCUCCGGAUACCGGCGAUGGCACAGCAGUCGCCGCAGGCGCCUGAGAUCUAUACCCUCAAAGUGGUGAGAUAUAACGGAGCAAAAGAUCUUAGGAAAAGAGAAUACCAUCGCAAAGAUGGGUACUCGAGAUAAGCGACGGGUCAGGGAAAACGGCAUUCUAACAAGCCAAGAAUAUCCCGUCUGGGCCACAGCAAAUCCCGUAUUGAUUGAGCCAUCACUGGUCUCCCAAUAUCUGCGGGAUGGUGGGGAUUCUUCGGGAUCAGCGGGUUUAGUCUUCUGGCUUGUGUUUAUAGGGCUAUGCGAGGUCAGAUUGGUUGAAAUAAGAAGCAUAUUAUAUAUAAUUCUUCAGACACGAUGUCUCGCCAUCAAUAUAGUUACUCCGGUGCACAUUCACUUCGUCGGCAU